AUGAGCUUUACAUCAUCAACGGUUUUCUUCAUUCCUUUACUGCUGUUAUUUUCGAUUUCUGCAAAUGCGGAUGAUGAGGAAUUUUCUUCGUCACAUCGACAUUCAGUACGGAGGGCAACAUAUCGGCGACGACAACCAGUAUGUGUUCAUGGCCAUCCGGUAGACGGUGAGUGCGAAUGUGAGCAGGAUUACAUAGGAAGACAUUGCGAGAAGAAGAAACACUGUGCAUCGUUUAGACGCUACAGAAACGGCUCGUGCCCAUCAUGUAUUCCAGGAUACUAUGGGGAGUAUUGCGAAGAGAUUCAUUGUGUUCACGGAGAACCUAGCAGAUUGGAGACAAAAUGCGAAUGUGAGGACCCGUAUUCGGGGACAUUUUGCGACGAACUGAGUACAAAACGUGUUUACAGCUACUAUAAUCGCCGAACGUACUUGUUGGGACCACUAGGAGCUCUAUCGUUAAUCCCCAUGUGUGCUCUAUACAUGGGAUGCGAGUACAUGGCUAAAAAGAGACGGGUGAAACGAGUAGGAGAAAUGCUUGGUGGCCAAAAUAUCACCGUUGACCAGGAAGUAUUGCAUCAUCUUCUCACUAAAAAGGUCUCAGAGGUUUAG